AUGGUGGACACGUGUGCCUUGCUUGGUUUGGAAGAUAUCAUGUCUACGGGAUGCAAGUACACUUGGACGAACCAUGCGAUAUCGAGCAAGAUUGAUAGGGCCAUGAUCAACGACGCUUGGUUCAUCAAAGGAUACUUGGCUAGUAUCGAGACCGUCGCGGACCACUCACCGCUCGUCACUACCCUAUUUGGCUCAAUAUGUGCUCGCCGAACGAGGGAAAGAAUUCAAGAAGCAUCUGAGUUCAACUUCAAGGAGUUCAGUGAGCUCUCAAAGAGGGCCAAUGAGGCCGGGGAAAAGCUUGAGGUGCUGCAAAAACAGGCGGACAGGGACACAUUAGACCUUGCCCUUCGGGUCCAGAUCACCAAUCAGAAGAAGAAGACUGCCUACCUUGAGAAUUCUGAAAGGGAGUAUUAUAAGCAAAAAGCUAAAUUCAAGCAUUUACUCCUUAGCGACCGCAGUACUUCGUUCUUCCACUCUCUUGUUAAUAGGAACAACUCACGCAAUUAUAUUGCAUUCCUCUACAGGAGAGAUGGCACUAUCACGAGGGAUCAGGAGGAAAUUAUCAGUGAAUUCGUGGAGUUCUACUCGACUCUUUUGGGUACCAAGAAGGAGCCGGAGCCCAUCAACGUGGACAUCAUUAGACAAGACCCUCUUGUGAGCGAAGAGGACAGUAGGGACUUGGUGCGAGCCAUCACGGUUGAGGAGAUCAAAGAGGCCUUGUUUGACAUCGGGAACGACAAGGCACCGGGGCCAGAUGGCUACUCCUCGGCAUUCUUCAAGAAGCAAUGGGAGAGAGUCGGCAAUGAUGUGGUUGAUGCAGUCAAGGAAUUCUUUGAGACAAGCCAAUUGUUGAAGAACUUCCACCCGAAGUUCGUCUAUUGGGAAAUGCAGUGUGUCACGACGCCUAGGUUCUCGAUCGCGAUCAACGGGAGCCUGCACGGAUUCUUCCCCGGCAAAAUGGGACUUCGACAGGGAGAUCCUAUGUCUCCUACUCUCUUUAUCUUUUGA